CUCCAAGGUAUCGACGCGGCAUUCCAAGAUCCGUUCAGAAUGAAGUCGCCAUGUCCGCAAGUAAGUAGUAUCCUUCAGUACUAACUGAACGGUUCAAGACAACGGACGGGUGGACGGGUCGAAGCAGGAACGGUUACUUAGUAGUCGUUAGCCCUGGUGGCCAUGAUGUUUGUCUGUCUGUUUCAUCGCGCCGCGUGUCACCACCGAGUUCCUUUCGAGGGAUUCAUUUCAUAUCAUACCCAGGAUAUGACACCCUUCCGAUCCGUCUCCCCCUUUCAGGAUUGCAGACGCCAUGCCAGCAGCCCCCCUCGCGAUAUGUCGUUUGUUAAUUCGCCUUCAAGUUGGCUGCCACCCACCCUCCAUCACGGUGACCAUCAUCCAGUGGCAUCAAUUCCCACUCUCUGUACCUUCGUCAUUGGCUGGCAACAGUCUCCCAGCCCAAGACUUUCGGAUUCCCAACCUGACUGAUUGCAGACCUGACAAGCUCCGUUUUUUUUCUCUUUGACCUCGCCAGAGCUCGCUCCCCACUAUCCACAUAUUUCUUUUUCCCCCUCCCUCUUUGACCUGACUUUCUCCAUCAACAAUCGCGGAAUCUCCGGCGCUACCAAGGCAGGUGACGGAAAGGAAAAAAAGCUGGGCCUGCUUACACCCUUGCUCCAAGAUUUGCAACCACACUGCCCCAGUUUGGUCAUCGGGCAGUCUUGGUCAACAAGGGUCUGAAUUUUGACCUGCCCCGGUCCUUGGCACGACCACUAACUCUCCGAUUCCAUACAACCUUGGCUUAGCUGGAGGCGAUCACCAAACAACUUUGUCACAGUAGAGCAGACCUCAAACUUUCCCCCGAACAUCUUUCUCUCAGACGUUCUCUCACUUCAUCUGGCGAAUUUCUGCAAAAACAUCAUCGAAUCGCGGUUACAUAACGCACCAGCAGCUUCAAUCCACCACCGCACUCCGCUGAUAGCACGCGAGCUAACCCACAUACCUAUCCACUGAUUGUCCCCACGUGGGACCUUUCAUUAUAACACCAGACCUUUUUUCACACUCCCGAUUCUAUUCCGAUGACGGUUCCUUCUGGCGAUUACCCAACCCCGACUGUCGAGUCCGUCCACGCCUACGCUCGCCAGUUACUCCGCGACGUCAAACGGGCCAAUCAUGACGCCGCCGACGACGUGCCCCUCAAGUGGAUGGAGGAGGACCUCAAAGGCCUGCACCAAGCCUUGAAAUACCUGCACGUUGAAUCCCAAGAUCAGGACUCGGUCCUCAAGGACACUUCGCGCGAUAACAUUUACGCCAAACGAUUAGCCUCCGCCGUCGAAGACAGCGAUGAAGCCCUGCGCGAAGUGGACGACAUCCUCCGCCAAUAUGGCGACGGGCGUGAUGGGGUGAAUGACCGCCUGCAGUUGAGGCUGAACCUCUUGGAUCUGGAAUCCCCGACUCGCAAGAUCGCCAAGCUUCUCGAUGCCGUGCAGGUUCAUAACCCGGAGAAUGCCCAGGAGGUGUUGAACCAUACCGAUGGCAAGCAGCUGGACAUGAUCAAGGAUAAGCUGGAACGGGUUGCGACGAGGAUGUUUCAAAACCGAGCGUCCCCUACCACCGAAAUGAGGGAGGAUACUUGGCAGACCUUCAAGGAGGAGCUCGAGAAGGAGGGGUUCUCGCCCGAGAUCCUGAGGAAGAAUAAGGAGGUUCUACGAGCCUAUAUCCGCGAACUCGAGGCCAACCAAUCCCCUCACGCCGGUUCACCGCCGUCCGUUCGUGGUUUGCUCGAUCACCAUGCCUCGUCCAACGGUCAACAAGAUAGUUCAAGGUUUCCAGACUAUGACCCCAAGGUGCCACGAGCUUUGCAGCCCUUCCACCACCACAGGACCCCUGGUCUCAACAGCCAAUACAGCUACGAUGUUCAAACCCCAGACGCUUCAGACUCGGAUUCCAUCACUGGGUCCCAAGCAGGUGCCUUGAUCUCAACCCGCGACCUUAUGGAUCUCGACAAUCACAAUCCCGACAUUCUCGCCGCCCGCAUGGGUUCCAUGCAACUGGCCCCCUAUCCCACAGGAAAUGACCAUCACUUCGCCUCUCCCGGUACCUCGCCCAGCAAAGGACAUUACCUCACCCCCGGCGGCCCUCCACCGCUCGCCAUCCCCGGCAACAAGUCCCAGUCUAGCAACGGCAUGGUUUCUGCCUCUUCCUCCGCCGCCCAGUACGGCACUUCCCCUCGCUACGUCCCACCCCUGGCUAUGCCGCCCUACCCAGAUGCACCACCUUCCCAAGGGCCACCAACCACCGCAGCAUCGUUCAUGUCACCUGCACCCCCAGUAGGCAACGGCAUACCCAGCCCCAAGCCCACAACUCCCCGACAAUACACCCGUCUAGCACCAGACGGAAAGGGCAAAGAAAUUCCCAUAGAUGCAAAAUGGACCCGCAUCAAGCGAAAGCUGGUGUCUCCCGAAGUGCUUGAAAGGGCCGGCGUGCGCUACGAAGCUCGUCCCGAUUUCGUUGCUGUGCUAGGCGAGCUGACCAAAAAAGACAUUCUCGAGUUUGCCAGACAAACGACCGAAGUCAGGAAUGCCAGAAGAUAUGCUGCUGCUAGUCAGGGGAGACACAGUACCUGGCCUACACCCGACACGACCAGUGACGGUCGCCACCGACGCAGAGCAGAGACCCGGCGGCACUCGGACAGCAGCAGCAGCAGCAGCAGCAGCGAGUCCUCAGACACGGACGACGUGAGCGACGAUGCAUCUGCUGCUAGGAGGAGGAGACACCGUCGGCGGCGGGCGAGUGAUGCAUCAAUCAAUGCCUCUACCAACCAGGAUGCCCAGAGGGCCGGUCAACCGGUGAUUGUGUCGCCGCCGGCAAGUGUAAAUGGAGACGAUAACUCAAAGAUCAGCAGUAGUAUCACAAGCCCUAGCAGCAGUACCACGGCCCCGAAACCGAUUCUCAAGAACAAGAACACGAAUCAUGUCCGGUUUGGGAGGGAUGGUCCGAAGGAGAUUAGCCCCGGGGAGUAUGCGGAGCGGAAGAGACGGGAGGAGGAGCGCGAAAACCGGCGCAGAAGCAAUAGGGAUCCGAGCAGGGACGACCGUGACCGUGACCGCAGCAGACAUCGGGAUGAUAAAGAAAGGGACAGGGAUCGUGAUCGGAGUCGAAGCCGUGUACGCCCACGAGAUUUGGUUGGGGCGGAUCUUGGAAGGGACCGUGACAGGGACCACCACCGCGACCCUUCUCGCUCGAGGAGAGAUCGGGAUAGAGAAAGGGACAGGGAGAGGGACAGGGAGCGUGAUCGUGACCUCCGGGAUCCUAGAGACCGGGAAAGGGAGAGAGAAAGGGACCGUGACCGCGACCGUGAAAGAGGAGAUAGGGAUCGCGACAGGGAUUCUAGGUACCGAGAUGGCGGUGGCGGCGAAAGGGACCGUGACAGGGACCGAGAUCGAGACCGAGACCGCGACAGGGAAAGGGAUAGGGACCGCGGCGAUCGUCACCGCUCCUCCCGCCACCAUGAUCGGGACCGUGAUCGGGAGCGCGAUAGGGAACGGGAGCGCAGAGAACGCAGCGAGAAGUCGAGCAAGAGCGCACUCAUUGGAGGCGCGGCGGUUACGCUGCUGAGUAUCUUGACCGAGGCCAGUCAGCAUUUGUGAUGAGGAAUGAGAAAGAGAGAAAGAGGAGGGUUCAUGGGUUUUGAUACGAUACUUUGGUUGGUUUGGACAUGAUGGAUAUACCACGGGUUUUCUAUUUGUAACGAUCACGACCAUGUACAGCUCAAUUGAAUGAAUGACUGGGUUUGUUUCUUAGUUCAAGACCUCGAUCUAACUUCCAUAAAUGUUUUGUGCUGUGGAUAUGCUGGCUCCAAUAUAAAAUGCACCAAAUUGGACCUUGCUAGUUAGGUACUUUCGGAUUCC